AUGAAACUAUUAAGUUGGAACUGCCGAGGGCUUGGGAACCCUCGGACAGUUCGAGAACUUCACCAAUUGGUGAAGGAGAAGAGCCCACAAGUUGUAUUUCUCUCUGAGACUAAAUGCAACCGUGAAAGAGUUGAGAUGGUGAGGAAUAGACUGGGUUUUGUUAACAGUUUUGUAGUGAAUAGUUUGGGAAGGAGUGGGGGUCUUGCUAUGAUAUGGAAUGAGAAUCUUAAUGCCUCUUUGUUUUCAUAUUCGAGGCAUCACAUUUCAUUAAUGAUUAAAAGUGAGGAGGAAGGAAGAGAGUGGCAUUUAACAGGUUUCUAUGGAGACCCAGCUCUGGAGAGAAGAAAGAAUUGUUGGGACAUUUUGUGUCUUCUGAGGCCUGAUAGAACAUGCCCAUGGCUGUGUAUGGGUGAUUUUAAUGAACUUGUAUCAAAUGAGGAGAAGAUGGGUGGGGCAGAAAGACCUUUUUUCCAAAUGGAAAGCUUUAGAGAGGCUUUGGAUGAGUGUGAAUUGGGAGAUUUGGGUUAUGUUGGCUCAAGUUUUACUUGGUGCAAUAAAAGAGAGUGGAGGGAUUUUAUUAAGGAAAGACUAGACAGGGUCUUGGGAAAUUCUGCGUGGCAAAGCUUGUUUGACUCUACCAUUGUUAAUGUGCUCCCAGUGGAAAACUUAGAUCAUACCCCUUUGUUGGUUUCCUGCUUUAACCAACAAGAUGAACUUUAUGCUCACAAGAGACUCUUUAGAUAUGAGGCUUUCUGGUCAAAAAAACAGGAGAGUAAGGAUAUAAUUCAGAGGGCCUGGGCAGUUGUUAGUGGAGGACAAAAUAGGCUACAAAAUGUUCAAAAGGCACUGAAGAAUUGUAUGCAGCAGUUACAAGCAUGGGCAAAAAGCUCUAGAGGUAAUCACCAACAUUUGGUUUGA